CUGGAUCUGUGCCUUGCCAGUAGAAAUGUGGGCCGCGAAGAUUAUGCUAGAUGAGGUCCACCCUUCACUCCGCCAGCCACAAUCUGACCACAACGUCUACACUCUCGGAAGCAUUAGCGGUCACAAUGUGGUGGUGGCUUGCCUCCCCAGUGGUGUCUGUGGGACAAUAUCUGCCUCAGCUGUCGUGGCACAUAUGGUUUCGACGUCCCCGAAUACCCUUUUUGGCCUCAUGGUUGGCAUUGGAGGGAGAGUUCUAAGCAAACAUGUUGAUAUUCGGCUUGGUGAUGUUGUAGUCAGCAAGCCAACGGCCACCUUAAGCGGGGUUAUCCAGUAUGAUUAUGGCAAAAACCUGCACUACGGACGAUUUCAGCAUAAUGGGACUCUUAAUAAGCCUCCUCCAGUUUUACUAAAGUUAGUGAAUCGCCCUGAACGGACAACUGAACAGCCUAAAAUCCACCACCACUAUGGCUUGAUUGCUUCAGGAGAUCAGGCCAUGAAAGAUGCAGGACACGCUGCAGCUCUUAUAGAUAAACUUCCAUUAUUUGUCAUACAAGGUAUCUGGAACUACUGUGACUUCUAUAAAGAAUAG